UCCCUGCAGUGCUCCUCGCUGAUGCUGAUUGAGAGCACGAGGGACUCGCUGUGCUUCAGCCUGGCGCACUACAAGCACGGCAAGCAGCAGCACAGCCUGCAGGCCAAGAGUGUGGAGGAGAAGCGCAUGUGGACCCACCACAUCAAGCGGCUCAUCCUGGAGAACCACCACGCCACCAUCCCCCAGAAGGCUAAGGAAGCCAUCCUGGAGAUGGACCUGUUCUACCCCCCGCGCCUGCCCCGCUGCAGCCCCGAGCGCCUGAAGAAGAGCUGGUCCUGCCAGCCCCUGGGUGACGCUGCCACCGAGCCACUCCAGGGACGCCGGCAGUCUGAGCCCUUCCAGCACCAGGAGCACAUGGAGACACUCCUGGAACGGCUGCAGGGACAUGGGGGGCGCAGGCAGUCGGGUGCGAAUGGCAGCAAGGCUCGGGGGGCUCGGGGUGCUGACAAGUUUGGGGACACAGGGGUGAUGCCACUGUCACCUCACCUCCCCACAGAGCCCUCCAAGCACAACCUGUGGCACCUGGGCGAGCAAGGGCUGAAGCAUUCUGGCAGCGACGGGGCACUCCUGGAAGGGGGGGAGCCCCCCCAGCACCCCAGAGCCUGGGUGGCGGCUGAGGGCAUGGUGGAGGAGGAAGAGGAGGAGGAGGGAGAGGAGGCUUUGGGCAAGGACUGCCAGGAAGAGCUGCCUGAGGGUGGCAAUGUCCCACAAGGUGACCAUACCCCAGAGGGUGACAGUGCCCCAUGGGGUGACAAUGCCCCAUACAGUGAUGGUGUCUCUCGGGGUUACGAUGCCCCGGAGGGUGCUGAUGUCCCACGGGGUGAUGAUGUCCCUCUGGAUGACAAUGCCCCGGGGGUGACGAUGCCCCAGGGGUGA